UGCGUACAGACUCAUCCUGCUGUCUUGCUGAGUCGAUCUUUGCAUGGGUAAAUAAGAACAGCGUUGGAUUACCCUGUCUGCUUAUCUCCAUUGCAAAAUAUAUCUAAGAUUAAAAUGAAGCCACAGCAUUUGGUCAGCUUCUUGUUGGUGACUGCCUGGGCUGAAGCUGGCGCUGAGGACCGCACUUCUACAGGAGUCAUGUGGCAGGCAGCCAACGCCCGCGACGGAGUGAGAACCACGGCCACGGAAGAGAUCUCACCGGGGAGCGAAUUGCUGUGCGCCGUGGAGGCCAGCAAGCGGUCUUGGUGCACCUUCUACUGCUACAUCGAUGAUGUCUGUAGAUUGUACGAUAUCGUCUUUCCACCGUCGAUAUUUCCUUCCACUGUCAACUGCAAAACGAACUUUCCUUCCCGAAGUGUCUGCAGCUCCCCCUUUGCUGUCAUUCCGAUGCUGGAGGAUUUGGGCUGUAUCUACAUGUCCUUAACCAGAGGAGGUGGAACGAAUCCCGGGAAGACUGCUACACUUACGACUACAAGUGGGUGGGAGUCAUCGCUCGAGCCUGGGUGGACGGUCGUGCGGCGGUCGACGUGUGAACAGCGGAGAGCCAACGGACCCAUUGAUGCAACCAUGUGCGGCAUCAUGCAACCUGGAAACACGAUGGAUGAUACAUAUUGUUCCAGUGCUGUAGAGUAUGUCUGCCAGGCCAACCGAACCACCACAUAG